UUCCUCCGGAAAGCUGCAGUGUAACACACCCCGCGCAUGCUCCCUUCGGCUCUUCCUGUUAGCUUGCCGCUGCUAAAGUUUGUGCCAGUAAAGUAGCGGUAGUUGUGAUUUGUCUCUCGGGACAGUUCGCGAUUUUUGCGAUCGUGACAUCAGCGCAGCGAUGUGAGUUCGUACGGAGAUAACAAACUAAAACAGUCAACCCCACUUCCGCGUUAGCGUGCCACUCGUUUGUCUCGGUGUAGCCUGUUAGCCAGUUAGCCGAACAACGGCGGGCGACGCUGCCGUUUAACUGCGAAACUUUUCUGCGUGGCACAUCGAUCACGACGCGUGUCGCGGAACCGCGCGCGAACCGCACGAGGCGAUUCGACGACAACAACGCCCAUCUUCUCCACCGCAGGACAUGCGCCACGUUAGCCGAGCGGAGCUAACGGCUAACGCGUGCGUUUGACCGUCCCGCUCGCAGCGAGGAUGGACAGAGACCUGUUGAGACAGUGUCUCGUGUUUCACGGCGAGUCCCUGUUCAACAAACUGAAAUGUGAGCAGACAGAGAACCCGGACUUCCAGGCCGUGGUGCCCGAGCUGUGCAAAGUCACGAGCGAGAGCAGGGGGGAAGAGCAGGGCAGUCCCCUUGUGGAGCAGUUCAUUGCAAGAAAGGCUGACAUCCUGUUCUGUCCGUCAUGGAAGACCACAACUCCUCAAGACGAGGAGCAUGAGGAGCAGGAGGAGGAGGCUGCAGAGCCCUAUGCCAUCAUGCCACCACUGGAGCUAUUCAUGGAGGUGUCGUACGAGGAGAGAAGAUCCAUGCUGUACAGAGACUUGGAAAAGGGAGACAUUGUGGUGGGGAGGAUCAACAACAUUAGAGAAUACGGCUUCUUUCUCACUCUGCUGUGCAUGGCAGGAGGACUGAAGAGGGACAUAGAAGACCUAGAGUUGUCUGCUCUGUGUCACAUCAGAGAAAUUCCCUCCACCGGCAACCAUGAUGAUCCUCUGUCCUACUACCAGAUUGGGGACUUCAUCAGAGCCGGAGUGAAAGACAUUGACCGCUACCAGGAGAAAGUCACGAUCUCCCUCCAACAGACGUCUCUGUCUCCCAGCUUGGAGCACCUCAAACUGGGCGUCAUCACCCGAGAGGAGCUGCCCGUACACUACAGUCGCAGCCUCCGUGCAGCCAGCGACUCCACCGAGACGUAUGAGUGCAUUCUGAGGCGCUGCCAUGGUUACCACAACCCCUCUGUCGUGGACUACCUGCUGGAGAAGGUGCGGAUCAGCGACAUCCACCCACCAUCAAUGAUGAGAGGACUACAGAGUAAACUUUUCCAGGAGGAAGAUUUUGCCUCUUCCAUCAGGAAGAAACAAUCUGCAUCCUGGGCCUUGAAGUGUGUUCGUGCAGGCGUGGACCACUUCAAACACGGUCGACAUGUGGAAUCUAUGAAUGAAUAUAACAAGGCUUUGGAGAUUGACACCAACAAUGUAGAAGCACUGGUGGCACGUGGAGCUCUGUACGCUAACAAAGGCGGCAUCAUGAAGGCUAUUACAGAUUUUGAACAGGCUCUGGAAAACUGUCCAGAUCACCGCAACGCCAGGAAGUACCUCUGCCAGACACUGGUGGAGAGAGGGAAACAGCUUGAAGAACAGGAGAAACUAGUAACAGCGGAGGGACUGUAUCGGAGAGCGUUGUCUCUGGAUGACUCAAACCCUGAGGCACAAGAGGCCCUGCACAAGAUCACAGACACGAUACAGAAAUCAAUUCGCCUGCGAGAAGAAGCGCUGGCUAAGGAGCAGGUGAAAAUUAAGAGCCAGACCAGCGCUGAGAAAUUGCGUAAGAUCUUAAAAGAAGAGAAGAGAAUGAAGAAAAAGCGGAAGAGGUCUGCGUCUUCCUCGUCUUCAUCCUCCGCUUCCUCCAGGGACUCCUCUGCUUCCUCAUCGUCCUCCUCCUCCCGUAGGAGGUCCAAAAAGAAGAAAAAGAAGCGUAGGAAGUCUGAGCGUGGAAGUAAACGCCGCAGUAGGAUCUCCUCAAGGGGGAGCAGGGGGAGUGAGGAGGGUAAGAGUGAGAGAAAUGGGAGGGAGGAUGAGGUGGAGUGGUAUCCCGCACCUCCUAACACCUCCGCCACCUUUCUCAACCAGAAGGGAGGCCCGGGGUUUGGAAAGGGGGGUGAGGAGGAUGUAGAGGAGAAGAUCGGUGAAAGAAGCAUCUCUCAGCUUUAUUCUUUGUCGGCAGCCUCAGAUAACGAAGAGUCAGACUCCUCACGUAGAGAAAUCAAGAGAAGGGACAGCAAGGAGAGCAGGACGAGGAGAAGGAAGAGCAGUGUGAGCAGAAGCCCAGACAGAAAGGAUAGAGGGAGCAGAAGUAGUGAAAGGAAGGAUAAAUACAGGGAGAGAGAGAAGGAAGAUAAACAGAGGAACAGUGACUCCAAGAGGAGAAGUAGCUUAGAUGAGAACAGGAAGCGAAAAGUAUCGUGCUCAUCAGCGGACUCGGAGUAUUCACGGAAAUCCAGUGUCCGAUCUGGAUAUUCUGGAAACUCUGCUUCCAAACAGCUGGAGAACAGGUCAAAGAGGAACUCCUUCGAUGGCAGAAGGUAUGACAACAGAGAGAGGGAGGACACGUGUGAGGUAGAAGAGGUGAAAAGAGAGAAGGAACGUAGACGGGGGGGAGCGGAGGAAGACUGGAGCAGGUCAGAGGGAGGAUUCAGUAAAAAAUCAGAAAGUGACGAACAGAGAAGUGUUUCUGGGGAGAGGUCAAAGAAAGCCCUCCCUACGAACCUCCUUGAUAUUUUCAAUCAGAUCGCACAGUUUGAGAAGCACAAAGGAGCUGGGCCCAAAAAAUAACUUCAAAACAAAAGCCCAGAAAAGGCCAAAAUACAAGUGUGAAAAAAAGAAAUGGUUGGUUGAAUGUGAAGUUAGUGUUCGUUUUGGCAAACGGAGUAAAUUUAAUUUGAAAAUGUGAAAUGAUGGUGGAUUUGGGGCCUGUAGUAAACUGUAAUGUUUUUGUCGGAUAAAAUGUUCAUCUGAAGAGAUUAAAACAAUGAAUAAAUAAUAGAAAAUAAUAUCUUAAAAUGUGAUAUCAUCACUUUACUGUUGCUGAUGAUAAGUGAAAAUUCAUUCAUUUCUACUUGAUAUAUCAUAUUUAAAGAUAACGAGACGAAUUACGGUUUAAAUAUCAAUGACUACAUAUAUUGAGUAUUUAGUCAAUAUCAUAAAUUAGCUUAAAGCUGCUGCGUUAGUUGUCGUGUGUGUUUCACAUCAGUUGCUACAGGCUUUAAUAUCUUUUGCUUUUUUUGUUCAUCUCAAAUUGAGACUUUUCUGUCAAAGGUUAUAUAUGUGAGAUUUUCUGCCACUAGAUGUCGCACUCCCACCAGCACGUGUCGUACCUCCGCCCUCCCCUCCACCAGAAGCAAAACUGAAUACAGUGGAAAAUUAGUGAAACGCGGUGGAAAUGAUUUCAGGGCCGAGGACGCUCCCGCAGCUCCGAGCGCUGCACGUGCUCAGUGGGCAUGAGUGGCCAAAAUGUCAUGUAUACAACCUUUAAGAAGAUUCUGCCUCGUGUCCAUCUGUCCGUUCUUUUUGUGGCUUGUUAAACGUCGUCCCAGACAACUUGUUAGUCCCGCUGUACUUUUUCAGCUUUAUACAAUACAGAUGUUCCAGUUGUGUGCCAACACAUUUUCUGUUGUGGUAAAAAUGAACUCGAUGAAUAAAGCGUUUAAAAUGUCGAAACUA